AUGCUACAGUGCCUGACUUCAGAGAGCGAGGAAGAGGCAGAUUCUGAAGAGAGGGAGGAAAGUUCUAUAGAAGAUCUAAAAGAAAUCAUCACCCUGGAUUUUGUGACAGAGAACAUACAAAAGGGGUUUCAGAAUGCCCAGCUGCAGUGCAAGAAGAAGAAGAAAAGGAGAUGAUUGGUGAUUAAUCUAUCCAGCUGCCGGUAUGAGAGUGUGCGCAGGGCUGCCCAGCAGUAUGGCCUUAGAGAGGGAGGGGAAAACGAUGACUGGACUCUCUACUGGACCGACUACUCGGUGUCCCUGGAGCGGGUGAUGGAAAUGAAGAGCUACCAGAAAAUCAAUCACUUCCCAGGAAUGACUGAAAUCUGCCGCAAGGACCUGCUGGCCAGGAAUAUGAGUCGCAUGUUAAAGAUGUUCCCUAAGGACUUCCAUUUUUUCCCCAGGACCUGGUGUCUUCCUGCUGACUGGGGAGAUUUGCAGAGCUACAGCAGGUCAAGAAAAAAUAAGACCUACAUUUGUAAGCCGGAUUCAGGCUGCCAAGGGAAAGGUAUAUUCAUCACCCGGACGGUGAAAGAAAUCAAACCAGGGGAGGAUAUGAUCUGUCAGCUCUAUAUAUCAAAGCCUUUUAUCAUUGAUGGGUUCAAGUUUGAUCUAAGAAUUUAUGUGCUAGUGACAUCCUGUGACCCCCUCCGGAUUUUUGUAUACAAUGAAGGACUGGCCCGCUUUGCUACCACCUCUUACUCCCACCCCUGCACAGACAAUCUGGAUGAUAUCUGCAUGCACCUGACUAAUUACUCCAUUAAUAAGCACAGUUCUAACUUCAUUGAAGAUUCUAACUCUGGCAGCAAGAGGAAGCUCUCCACAUUCAACAUGUACAUGAAAAACCAUGGUUACGACGUGGAGCAGAUGUGGAGGGCUAUCGAGGACGUCAUCAUCAAGACACUCAUCUCAGCUCACCCAAUCAUCAAGCAUAACUACCAUACCUGCUUCCCCAGUCACACGCUCAACAGUGCCUGCUUUGAAAUCCUGGGCUUUGACAUCUUGUUAGACUGCAAGCUUAAACCCUGGCUGCUGGAGGUCAACCACUCUCCAAGCUUCUCCACUGACUCCAGGUUGGAUAAAGAGGUGAAGGACAGUCUGUUAUAUGACACUUUGGUCCUGAUCAACCUGGGAAGCUGCGACAAAAAGAAAGUCUUGGAGGAAGAAAGACAGCGGGGGCGGUUCCUACAUAAGUGUCCUUCUCGGGACAUCAGGAUGGAGGAAGCCAAGGGUUUCCAGGCAAUUCGGUUACAGAAAACUGAGAAAUAUGAGAAGGAAAACUGUGGAGGGUUCCGGCUGAUCUAUCCUGGUCUGAAUUUGGAGAAUUAUGAGAAGUUUUUCCAGGACAAUAGCUCCCUCUUCCAGAAUACUGUGGCUUCCAGGGCUCGGAAGGUGUAUGCCCGGCAGCUGAUCCAGGAGCUGAGGCUGAAACAGGAGAAAAAAUCCUUCCAAACGAAAGAAAAGAAGGUGGAGACACAGGGCGAGUCAGCAGGCGAGCAAGCGAGAGGCAGAAGUGCAAGGGGCAGGUCCCAGAGACAAAAGCAGAAUUGCAAGACUGCCAUCCACACCCCCAAACAAUACUUCCAGCCACUGGUAUUAGCGUCCUGCACACCUGACUUGUUCUUGAGUGUCAGAGACACAAAGAAAAACAAGACAGACAGUAGCCUCAACCGGGAGGCCCCCAAGAAGGAGGCUGGCACCAUUUUCCACAAGUCUAUGCCUGCGAGGUACUACAAUUCUGUACCUGACCUGAGGAAUUCAAGUCUUACCUGCUUUGGGAUAGAGCUCUGUAAACCCAAUUCCAAGGAGGCCAAGUCAGCUUUGGCUGUGAAUAUAUUUGACAGCAAGGUGCCCUUUACCUCAGUAGAAAUUUCCCCAGAAUCCACCCAGGUCUCAACCUCUUCAGAGUCUCCACCAAACUUGAGCCCAACCACCAGGUCUGAAUGCAGUAGCCCAGAGAUUGUCAGGGUGGUCUCCUUUAAAUGCAAGCAGCCAAAGACCCCCCAGCAGCUCAUCCAGGAGAAAAUAUUAAAGCCUUCUCUGCGUACAAAAUCCCAGAGCUUCUCACGGAGUUUGAACCCAAGCUGGGCUUUGCUGAAGAAUGAUAUGAAGAAACAGCAGCAUCUAAUGUCAGCAAUAUUAACCAAUGUUCAGCUGAGAGGGAGGCUUUCCUUCUUCCCACCUCACUGCAGCCCAAAGCUGGUGCUGAGGGACCCAUCACAAAACUCCUCCUUGCCCAGGGAAUUGUGCUCCCACAGCCGCUGCAGAUCUGGCAAGAGGAGGCAGCUGGACGUGCCCCCCUUCCUUGUCUUGCACAGUCCUCACAUCCAGAAGCAGUCUCUGAAUGACCUACUGGUGGUUGCUACUCCAGCCCGACUGGACCAGAGGCCUGGCAGAAGCCAUCCAUGUGCUAUGAGGAACCCGUGUAUACAGGAUCGGGAAGUGUACAGCCACUGA